AAUGAAUCAAAUUCAAAUGAUAAUGUUAUUGAUCAUCAUCAACAGAAUCAUCAUAGCUUAUUAAUGAUGAAUCAAGCUAUAAAAGAAUCAAUAGAUGUGGUUGCCACAUAUAAUUGGUCAAAAUUGUUGCAACAACCAACCACAUUAUUACCAUUACCACCACCACCACCACCACCUUCAUCAUUAUCACCAACUGAAUCAUUGUCGUCGUCGUCGUCAUCUUCAAUGAUUAUUGGAUCAUCAUCGACGACAUCUAAAUCUUCUUCAUUGGUAUCAACAAAAAUGUCAUUAUCGAAUAAUGAUAUUAAAAAUAAAACAAAGAAAACCGAUCUCAAUAAUAUUAAUGAUAGAUUCUUAAUCAUCAUCGUCGUUUUCAUAUACGUAAAUCAAAUUAUCAAUGUAAACAUUGUAGCUUACGAUUAUUGGAUCGUCGUGAAUUAUUGGAACAUGUUGUUAAUUGUAAGCCAACAGCAACAGCAACAAACAACAACAACAACAACAACAACAACAACAACAACAACAGCAACAACAACAACAACCAAAGAUUGUAAUAAAAAUUUAAAUCCAAACCAUUUCAUAUCCUCACCAAUAGAUGGCGUAAAUAUGUCAAUAAAAUCAUUUAAUUCAUCAUCAACAGGCUUAUCUUCAUUUCCAUCAUCAUCAUCAUCAUUAACAUUGUCUAUAGAUAUGAAUGAUAGAAAAAUGUUAAUUGAUCAAUUAAUAUCACCACGAAUGUCAAAGAAUCGUGAUCUUAAAAAAGCAUUAUUAGCUGUCAAAACAGAUGUGCAUCUUACGUCAAUGAAUAAAAAUCAAAUGGAAAUCAAAUCUGAAUCAUUAUCAUCAUCAUCAUCAUUAUUAUCUUCACCCUCAUCAUCAUCAUCUUCAUCAUCAUCAUCAUCAACAACAACAACAUUAACAAAUGAUCAACAACAACAAUAUAAACGAACAAGAUAUAGCGGUAUUGGACGUUAUCGUUGUCCAUGGCCAGAUUGUUCAUAUACACCACAUUUUCUUCGUGAUUUACGUAGACAUAUGUUUAAACAUACUGGUGAUAAACGUUAUAAAUGUCCACAAUGUCGUUUUGUUUCCGUAUGGAAAACAUCAUUAUUACAGCAUCAACGUAAAAAACAUUCAAUAACAAUAAACAAUGUAUCUAUUAAUACUAAUAAUAAUAACUAAAAAAAAAAAGUUCCAAUUCAUCAUUGCCACCAAUGAUCUUUAUUAAACGACCAUUGACGACCAAAAAAAAAAACUGACAACGACACUAAUUUGAACUCAAUCAAAAAAAAAAAAAAAACAAACAAA